CUCGUAGUUGGCUUUCGUAAACGCCCCGGCGAGCUUUUCAGUGUCAGCGCUUCACUCCUGUCGUUCUGUUCGUUCGUAUUAACACCAAAUUGUCAAGAUCCGCUUGCUAAUUUUUUUUUUCGCGCUUCUCAUAUUAUUUUUAAAAAUCCCCAAUAAUUUUUAGUAGUGAAAUUUAAUUUCGCAAGUGAUCAAAAAAAGCUUAAAGAUAUUUUUUAAAAAAUUAAUUUAAAAAAAAAGUAAUCAGUACAAAUUUAUGUGGUGAAAUGUUUUAAAUAAAUAAUGUAGUUAAUGACAGAAAUUAAUAUUAAAUAAAAUUUAAAAUAAUAAAUUUAAGACAAUAAAUAAACUAGUGCUCAGCGCCAAGAAAAACUUAUCCACGAUAAGAUUUUUCGCGCAAAAAAUGUCAUGGGAGGAAUUAUUUUGCUGAUGGAUUUAAAAUAAGAGAAGGAGGCCUGCGAUGGAUAAAAAUUGUGAUGUGAACAUGAAGAAAUUACUGCGACUCAGUACGCGAGAUGCGUUUUGGUAGAAAUUUAUUUGAAAAUAAGUUAUUUGAUGUUUGUGCUGACAAAAGUGAAGUCGGAUACAGAGGAGACAGUGAUUUGGCGAAGUUUGAUAAAAGUUUAUCGAAUGUUAUUUCAAAAUUUGAAUGUGGAAACCGCGUAAAGUUUAUAUUUAUAAAAAAAAAAAAUUCAGAUUUAUUGUGCGCGAGUACAAGCGGUCCAGGUCUGGUCCGCCGCCUUCACCUCCCUGGCGGUAUGGUCCUUUGGGCCGCUAUGCUUGUUCUUUACGGCGUAGGAUUUGUUGGUUCCAUGACAGGCGUGCCAGGCGUCCCGGAAAACGUAACAGUCAUGUUCCUCAGUCCGACAUCCGUCCGCGUAUCCUGGAGCACGAGCCAAGUAGAUCAGGUGGAAAAAUACGAUGUGACAUACAAACCAACAGAUGCAAGGAAUUUCACAAAUGACAGGAAUGAAACCAUCGAUGAUUAUGAUCAACGUAAGAUCUUUUCGUACAAUGAAACUUACAAUGAAACGUUCAUCUUAAGUUACAACGAACCGUACAACGAGACGUACGAUGAUGAUGAUGAUGAUAUUUAUGAUAAAAGUUACAGGAUGGUGCGGUUGGUCGCAGGAAACAGCGAUGCAGUUACUCUGAACGACCUUCAAGCUGACACGCAAUACCAGUUGGUGAUUACUGCGGUGAGGGCCGGAAAAAAGUACAGAAGUCGGCCUAUUGUCUUCCGCACCCUGGAGCCGCCACGUACAUCUCCACAGCAGGAUGCCAGUGUUACGGGAGGGCCUCCAAUACCUCCGCCACCAUCAUCGUCCAAUAAUCCCCAUCAAGCACACAUACAAGUACGUGGGGUCGAGGUAGGAAUAGUCGUGAUGGUACUGAUAGUUUGGGCCGGUGCGAUAGCGCUUUUUUUCAACCGGUGGGGUAAAAUACGCAUGUUGCUUCCUUAUCAGCCUGAUUACAAAGAGCAGCUAAAAGUUCCCGGUACAGGGGCGGUUUGCGCUCCUAGUAAUACGACUUGCACACAACAUUCUUCACAACACGCCUGUUCGCAGCAUCUGCACUGGUCGAACCAUCGUGUGGAUUCCCUGGACAGCGCGACCGGGGGUGGAGGUGCCGCAGGAGGUGGCAGCCAGGGUUGGCCCAGAUCCUCGAGACCUCGAGUUAACAGUGCAAUCGACGUUGCUGGAUUUUUAUCCCAGGAAUUUCUGCGCCGCCAUGGUUCAACUUCGCGAUUAUGUCGGAAAGUUCGCAGUGCAGAUAAUUUACCCCUGGUCACUGAGUCAUCAAAUCAUCAAGACAACGACAAUGAUGAUGACAAUGAUAACGAUAACGAUGACGAGGAAAGAUGUCAGAGAAAUUCAAUUCCGUCUCAGGAUGACGGGAACGAAACCGAUCGCGAAACAUUUUUGCCGUUGACGAUGACAACAACAAUAACAACAACAACCGAAACAAAUCAAGACGAACAAGACGACAAGACUGAUGAUUUUCAAUCAAAAAAAAUUAUUAAUUAUUCAGACACUCGGCUAUUGAGGGAAAAUACGCCGGGUGGUUCUGUCACUGAAUCAUUUUCUCAACCGCAGCAAAAUUCAUCCAGGGAAUUUAUUUCAUCAAGCACGAUAACAACAGCUAUACCUUCCCCGUCUUUAAUAGUAAGACGUUUUAGUGGUUGGCGAAUAAGCGGAAGUCACGAGUACGUUAGAUGUCCUAUCAGACAACCAUCUUCCAUUGACGACAGAUAUUACAGAAGAUCAUGUGAGCCAGACUUCCCUCGUUCAUCUCAAGCACAUCAUCACCACCAUCACCACCAUCAUCUCCCCUACAAGCCAUCAACAAGCAACGGGAACCCUGUCGUUUAUCACCCGUCAUCAGAUAGCGAUCAGUCUCGACAAACGUCUGUUUCAAGCGUCGAAAUCCAACACUUUGGUUUGCCAAUACUCAGUGUAAGUGAGCCCAGUCCACCAGAUGAGAAAAAUAAUCGGCUGGAUGAUUAUUUGUAGGAUUUGCUUGACGAGGACCACUCCCUGAAGGAGCUCCUCGUGUAAUAUCCACUUUUUUAUACUACCGAUACCUUAAUGUUGAUAAAAACAAACAUCAACAAAAAUCAUUACUGUAAUUUUAUUUUUAAAUUAUUCAACACUCGAUAGUUUUAUUACUUUAAUACGACUAAUGGCUCUAGGCUUUAAAUUUAAUAACCCACACUCUUAACAACAAAAAGUAAACGGUUAAAGUUUUCAUUACUAAGUAAUGCGUAAUUUCGUCUUUACACUUAAUACCAUAAAUUAUAAAUAAACUUGUAAACUUAUUAACUGUAACGUAAAAAAUAGGGUAAAAUAUUCAGAACAAUUAACGAUGUCAAUUUUAAAUAAAUAAUUAUCUAAUAAUAAUAAUAAAUGUAAAGUUAAUUUUUAAAAAAACAUUAAGGUAUCAAAUAAUAAAAGAUAUAUGAUCUCAUUUAAAAAUAUAAUAAUCAUCCGCGAACACGCGACAAUAUUAAAUAAAAUUUAUUUUUAAAUUUAAAAAUAUAAAUAUUUUAUAAAUGAAAACGAAU